AUGGAGAGCUAUUUUAAUACAAAAGAUUCGAAAUUCGCUCAGCAGGCUCUACCUGCGUUCCGUCCGAUGCUCACUCUAGCUAGAAUGAUGAUCGUUCUAGGUAUUUUUGCUAUUAUAUCAUUCGUAUUAGGUCCAUUGUUGUUAGUCGUCAACAAAAAACUACCUUACUAUGAAAAAAGAUACGAUGAUAUCUGUGAACUUGGUGGUGUAUGCAACGUAACAUUUCAUAUCGACAGUAAAAUUAAAGGUGAAUUAAGAAUCAAGUACAAGCUCACUAAUUUUCAUCAGAACCAUAACCAGUUUGUAAGUUCAAGAGGUAUCAGUCAACUAAAAGGCGAAUAUGUUGGUUUUUCCGACAUGCUUAAUUGCAAACCUUUACGUUCAAUAAAUGACUCCUCAUCGAAGGAAAAUUGGAUAUUACCUUGCGGCCUAUCAGCUUGGUCUGUUUUUAAUGACACAUUUACUAUACUUUCCUCUGAUCCUGGUUUCAAAGAGACGGGAAUCACUUCUUCGUCAGAUGUUGACUCAUUUUACAAACCUCUUAGUAGUGAAUAUAAAACUGGUUACAAAUGGUUAGAGAACAAUACCCUGUUUCCUGGUGCUCAGACGAAUGAGCACUUUAUUGAAUGGAUGAGAGCUGGUGCGACCUCAACAGUACAAAAGAAUUACGCUAUAUGCAAGGAUUGUGAACUUGCGAAGGGAGAUUUCACCAUCCAAAUCACAAAUAAUUAUCCUCAGUCGUUCUUUGAUGGCAAAAAGUAUCUCGUACUAGAAAAGAAUUCUUUUGCAGGAUCAAAGAGUUUGUUCUUGGGUGUCUUAUUCAUAGUUUUAGCUAUUUUAUGCACAAUUUUCAUUUUCAUACUUAUAUUGAUGAAAGUUAUACGUCCAAGGAAGCUUGGUGAUGAGAAUAUGAUAGAAACUAUCAUUGAGCAAAAUAAGGAAGCUGCGAUUUCUAAAUAA